ACCGCGCCUGUGAAUGGGGCUGGCGGUCUACAGCCCCUAAAGAAAACACCAUGUAAAAGUAUAAAAAGUACACAGAACGCAAACGAUUGAUUUUUCUAAUUAUUAGUUCCGUUAGUCCACGCGUCGGGGGCAACGCUUGCAUUUUGGAAGAGAGCGAAUGGUCAGUGAAGGCACAGAUUAAUCCCGUGCAAGUAGGUCAGAUACCAUGCAGAUAAGUGAUGGCCCCAGUUACUUCCCCGUCUUUGUGGCCCCGCCCAACGGUAACCACCGGUCGCCAGGAUUCGUCCCCGGCAGGGUCGUACCCGUCCACUCCCCGCCUCCAACCAAGGCCCCACCCCCUCCCCCCCUGAAGCCCAUUGGCCCACCUCCUGAGCGCCGGGCGACCUUUAGCCUAUCAGAGAAUGGCCACCGCCUAGAGCGUGGUCAGAGAAAGAGGAAUACCUUAAUAUGCUUCGGUGUCUCACUGGGGGCCUUCUUCCUCUCGAUCAUCCUCAUCCUCAGCCUCACCAGUGGAGACGUGUUGGAUGGGAACUGUCCAGACCACAGCACCUCCCUGAGCAGCUGGAACCCAGGUCACAACCCAGAGAAGGCCAUGGUUGUUCGGAGGGGAGAUCUGUUUAGAUUGGACUCUUCUGCCACCUUAUACUCCCUAACCAUCCAAUCAGGAGGCCGAGUGGUCUUUGCAGACAAUGCUGAGGGCUCCAAAAACAUCACUCUCAGAACGCGCCAUGUGCUGAUUGAAGACGGGGGUUCGCUGCACAUCGGUGCCCCCAAAUGCCGCUACCGCUCCCAGGCCACAAUCGCCCUGCUGGGCCGUUCAGACGAAAAGGCAGUCGCGGAAGUACCGGAAUUGGGCCGGAAGUUCAUCGGGGUGCGUGGUGGUGCAACCCUGGAGAUUCACGGGACAGAAAGGCUGUCGUGGACCCUCCUGACCCGCAGCGUCUCUUCCUCAGGCCUAGCCACGGGGGGCUAUGCCUUCCAGCGCAACUUUAGCCGUGGCAUCAACCUGCGUGUGGUGGACCAGGAUACGGCCGGUGUGCUGUUCAGCGAGCGCUACGACACGCACGAGUCACGCAACGACAGCCGGCGGCUCACGCAGCUGCUCCGGUCGCUGCCUGCGAGGCGCAUCGUCACGCUGGCCGUGGGAGACUCGGCUGUCAAGAGCCUGCUGGACGAGACUAAGAGAACCAUCCAGAGCCUGCUUGGUAGUACAUACGUCCAUGACCUCAAAUACAGGCAGGCCUGGGCCUUGGUAUCUGUGAUUGGUGGAGGGAACGGCUCGUGUUCAGAAGCCGUGCGGGAACAUGAGAACCAUGACACAGGAGGGAAGGCGCUGGCACGCCAGAACUUCACCACUGUGGACGGGGUCGGCUUCUCUGUCACAGCCUACAGCGAAUGGAAGAACGGUUUUCCCAUAUCUGGGUUCCAGGUUGAUGCUGUGGACCAGGUUGUCCUAAACCUGCAAGAUGAUGUACACACUUGGCAACCUGGGAACCAGGUUGUGGUUGCCAGUACUGACUACUCCAUGCAUCAGGCAGAGGAGUUCACCCUCCUCCCAUGCCCGCGCUGCACCAGCAGACAGGUCAGAGUUCAAGGGAGGCCCCAGUUUGGCCAUGUGGGGGAGAUUGUGGACGGGGUGGACAUGCGGGCGGAGGUAGCAAUGCUCAGCAGGAACAUACUCAUCUAUGGAGAGAUGGAAAACGCCUGCUAUGGAAACAACUGGUGCCAGUUCUUUGGCCACGACACAUACGGUGGACACAUUAAGAUAUUUAGGAAUUUUACCUCGGUGCACCUGUCCCACGUGGAGCUGAGGAACAUGGGGCAGCAGGAGAAGGGCCGCUACCCGGUCCACUUCCACCGCUGUGGGGACGUGGACCGACGAGGGGGCUACCGGGAACCAACCUACGUGGACGGCCUCUCCAUCCACCACUCCUUCUCCCGCUGCAUUACCAUCCACGCCACCAACGGCCUGCUGGUGAAGGACACUGUAGGCUAUGACACCCUGGGUCACUGUUUCUUCCUGGAGGACGGGAUAGAGCAGAGGAACACGUUCUUCCACAACCUGGGUUUGGUGACCAGACCGGGAACGCUCCUGCCCACCGAUCGCAAUGAGACCAUGUGCACCAGCAUCCGAGACAAAGUGUACAAGAACUACACCCCUUCACCGAGCAUGGAGUGCAAGGCAGUGUCUACGUUUUGGAUUUCCAACCCCAAUAAUAACCUCAUAAGCAACGCUGCUGCUGGCUCCCAGGAUGCAGGGAUAUGGUAUGUGUUCCACAGCUCAUCCACAGGGGACUCUCAUGGGCUGGUUCCAGAGACCCGGGCAGAGCUGACCCCUCUGGGGAUCUUCUACAACAACCGUGUGCACUCCAACUUUAAGGCUGGGCUCAUUGAUAAAGGUGUAAAGACCACCAACGCCAGUGCCGCAGACCCCCGGGAGUACCUGUGUCUGGACAACAAUGCCAGGUUCCGUCCACAUGAGAAUGCAGACCCGAACCGGCCGCGGGUGGCUGCUCUCAUCGACACACUCAUCGCCUUCAAGAACAAUGACCUCGGAGCCUGGAUACGUGGCGGUGACAUCACCAUUCAGAACUCUGGAUUUGCAGACAAUGGGGUGGGACUCUCCUUUGCGAGUGACGGUAGCUACCCUAAGGAUGAGGGCUCCAGUCAGGAGGUGACCCAGUCUCUGUUUGUGGGAGAGAGCCGCAACCGCGGCUCCAACGGAGGCCAGAACAAGUACUGGGGCCAGGGAGGAGCAGAUGGCAAGAUGAGGACACUACCCAGGAACAGGACAUUCCCGAUCCGUGGCUUCCAGAUCUACGAUGGUCCUGUUCGGCUCACCCAGAGCACUUUCCGAAAUUACGUCCCGACGAAAGAGCGCUUCACCAGCGCGGUGGGCUUCAACCUGAAGAACACCUGGCAGCUCACGCCCCGCAACAACCUGUCCAAGCUCAGCUUCCAGCCCACUGUGUAUAUCCAGACCCAGGGAGCUCCCAGCCUCAGUCUGUCCAUCAGUAGAGAUGAGUACCCUGAGGCUCCCCUGGUGCUGAGAGGUAUCAACAGCCAGGGGGCACUGUCCCAGCAGUACCAGCCUAUCCUCAUGAUGAGCAAGAGCUACACCCUGCACUGGAAUGGCGCGGCUCCCAGAGAGAUUGUCCUCUCCCUCAUCAACUUCAACCAAGGUGACUGGGUGCUGGUGGGCCUCUGCUACCCGCCUGACACCACCUUCCAGGUCAUGGCUGAUAUCAAUGACCGCCAGAGCAACACCUUCGAUGACAUCACUGACUACGGGCCCUUGUCCUCCCUCGCCGAACUGGAGAAGAAGCCGCUGGAGAGGAAGUACUUCUUUGACCGCAGUGUGGGAUUGCUGUGGCUGUAUUUGCGGGCGAGGCAGAGACGCGACGGCCACAGCUACUGCUCGGUUAAGGGCUGCGAGAGGGUGAAAGUGAUGGCCACCACGUCGUCCUCCAAACUGACCUGUAACUGCACGGCCAAGGCCUAUCCCAAAUACACCAAGGCCCCCUCGGCAGUGGUCCCCAUGCCCACCCUCAGCACCCAACCUUGCAGGGACUGUGGAGCCUCCCAGCUGGUGUUUUCCAGUGACCCGUGGAAUGCCUACCUCCAAACUCAGAUCAAAUCUCUCAGCAGCAAGGAGCAGCAUAGUGGAGACACACAGUCCUUUAUCACUGUGAACAGUGAGACAUUCUCCUUCACACAGCCAGGCUUCUUCCUGGUCUCUGUGGACGCCUGCUCUGGAAAAGUCACAAAGAAGUCAUCUUUCUCCAAAAUGGACUCUAAAAUGGAGCAGUAUUUUAAAACUGGAAUACCAAAGAGGUCAAUAGUGCUUCUGGGCACGCGAGGGCAGCCUGAUGGCUUAGCCGGUGUUGCACCGUAUCUGGUCCCCCUGGGCAUGGCCAAGGCAGCAGAUCUGCAAAGUAAAGAGAGCCUGGUGUUUUGGGGGUUCCAGGGUGGCUCUUCCCCCCCUCCGUGGGCAUCUAUCCUAGCUGGGCAGGGUGAGGAGAGGCUGGGGCUGCAGGAGCACUACCUCCCCCUGGGCCUGGAGGCCUACGGCUGCACACAGACCAGCACACGCACACGCAGAGACAUGGAGCUACUAAGGACCGCCACAGGACCAUAGUGACCAAUGAGAACACAACUUAACCAAAACACAACCAACCAGCGAAUGAAUGUGAACUUCUAUUAUUUAUUAUUUUAUUGGCAAAGAUGUUUAAUAAUUUGUAUGUGUGUGUGUGUGUGUGUGUGUGUGCGCGCGUGUGUGCGCGUGCGCACAUGCCUGCCUGGGUGUGGUGUAGUGGGAUGUGUGUGUGGGGCAUGGGGAGGGUCUGCAGAUGCAUGAAAAUAUGCACUUUCCUAGUCACAUAAUUUGCAAUAUCAGCCAGUCAUCUCACGGAGCCAUGAAUUCAUAUUCAGCCUUCAAUGAAAACAACCAAAAAGACCCUGCACAUCUGCCAUAUUUCAACAAAUUAGACUGGGAACAGGAAAUCAAUGGGGGAUGGAAAGCAGAUGAACAAAGUAACCACAUCAAACUGGUGUGGUCUGUCACUCCUAUCCAGUUCCCCCUGAUGGGGUUCUGUCUCAGGCCAGUCUUUGACCGGUCUGCUGCUCACCACAUCCAUAGACGAAACGCAUCAUUAAGAAGAGGACUGACAAAGCAAACCAAAGGAAAAACACUCAUUAUUCCACUUUUUCCCCCCCCUGUCUGUUUCCUUGCAUGCCCCKGGGGGGGGGGGGG